AUGGAGGGUAGAAGUGAUGGUAGUGUGGAAUUCGAUGAUUAUGGUAUGAUCAGGGAUGGUGGUGGUUCGAUAUCUUCGAAAGGAAUUGGAUUGAGGGUUACGAAUAUUGAAGGGAAUUCUUUGAUGCCUAGGAGGGGAGCGUAUUCGACAGCUGGUCCAUCGAUCUUGGAUGGGUUGUCCAAAAUAUCAAAACCUGUAGGGGAGCAGACACUUAACUUCCCAACAUUUGCUGAUUUCCGUAAACCGCCUAUUACAAACAUGAGCAAAGAUUCACAAAUGCAUGAGGAUGGGAAGGUUAAUGGAGAAACUGAUGAGAGUGAUAGAACUAGGCCGCCUCUAACGUUUGCAAAGGUAGUUCAGGCACAAAAGGAGGAAGUGAAAAUAAACUUCAGAAGAAUGGAAUCAAGUGAUACUGUUGAAGGAGUGGAUGUUGUUAUACCUGUCUCUUCGGUAAAAGAAGUUCACGAUAGAUUUGAGAACACGCUAUAUGGUUAUUUUUUGGGAAAGAGAUUAGCUUAUCCGGUGGUUGACUAUUAUGUGAAGAAUAAUUGGGCUAAACAUGGUUUACUGAGGAUGAUGAUGAAUGCGAAAGUUUUUUUCUUCUUUAAGUUCAAAACGAAGAAGGGACUGGAACAACUCAUGGAGGAUGGUCCUUGGACGAUUCGAAACGUGCCGAUUAUUCUUAAAGAAUGGUCCCCGUCUGCUACGUUAAUGAAAGAGGAAAUAACUGAUAUCCCAGUGUGGGUUAAUGAUGUGUUUAAAAUGCAUGAUGUGCCGCUUCCAGCGUUUACUGAGGAUGGUUUGAGCUUGCUGGCGUCUAAGAUUGGUGUGCCUAAAAUGGUUGAUUCAUACACGGCGUCGAUGUGCUCGGAAUCUUGGGGUAGGAGUAGCUUUGCGAGAACCCUUAUUGAAGUUAAUGCUGGGAAGGAGUUAAAGCGUAGUGUGUUGGUGGCAGUUCCGUCCAUGGAUGGUAAGGGUUAUUCUAAAGUGGAGGUUAGGAUUGAAUAUGAUUGGGAACCUCUUAGAUGUCCUGCGUGUUGUGUGUUUGGACAUGAUAGUUCUACGUGUCCAAAAAAUCCGAAACAUACGGCUACUGAUGAUGGUAAUAAGCGAAACGAUGAAUUUCAAGAUGUUAAAGGUAAAAAUAAGAAGGGUGGCCAACCGGGUUUUCAUGUGCAAAAACAGAAACAAAGAAUGGUUUAUAGGCUGGUAAUUAACAACAAGUCUGAUAGGGAUGCAGCUUCCUCAUCUCGGGUUGGGACUUCGAAUUCGUUUGAUGUGCUUCAGGAUGAUGCUGUGUUGAACAAUCAUGAUAUGCAGAAGGCUGAUAAUGUCACUAAUAUUGGAGGCAAUACGGGUCAGACUAACCAUACAGCAGAUAAUGUUAAAAGAUCUAAUAAUCAGCCAGUUAAAGCUAGCAAGGGUAGUAGGGGUGGCACAGAAGAGGUUAUUGCUGAUGAUGUUGCAGUCGAUGAUUUAUUAGCAGAAAUUCCGAGCUUCAUGGAUAGAAAAUUGGAGGAGACUCAUUUGGAUGCUUCGAUUGUAUCGAAUGUUGGUAAAAAUGUUUGUCAGGCUUGGAACUGGGUGUCGAAUGCGAGUUGUUGUAAUAGAGGGACUCGUAUAAUGAUUGGAUGGGAUGCAAAUAUGGUGGAUGUCAUGGUUCUUCAUCAAACUGAUCAGGUUGUUCAUUCGCAGAUUACGUUUAAGCUUGAUAGGAAAUCGUUUUUUUGUUCCUUUGUGUAUGCUGAAAACCAUUACAAUACUAGAAGGGAGUUGUGGAAUGAUCUGUGUAAACAUAACCUAUUCGUUGGUGACAAACCUUGGGUUAUGUUGGGAGAUUUUAACUCGAUUCUGUUUCUUGAUGAUUCUUUGUCUGGAUCCUCAACGUCAAAUAUUGGAACUAGGGAAUUCAAGGAAUGUGUCAAUAAUAUAGAGAUGGUUGAUGUCAAUAGUUCAGGUUUACACUACACCUGGACUAAUAAGCAGAAGAAAGGUAAGGCGAUUUUUAGAAUGAUAGACCGAGUGAUGGGGAACUCGAGUUUUAUUGAUGUUUUUCCUAAUGCUGCUGCUUGUUUCCUUCCUUACCGUAUUUCAGACCAUACCCCUUACACUCUUGUGUUACCAAAUAUUAGAAGAGAUAAAGCUAAGCCUUUUAAAUUUAUUAAUUUACUGGCUGAGAAGAAAGAAUUUUUGGGUGAGGUGAAGACAAUUUGGGAGACGAAAGUUAAUGGUCACGCGAUGUUUCAAGUAGUGAAAAAUCUAAAGUGUUUGAAAUCUCCGAUGUGGAAACUUAUGUAUAAACAAGGGAACUUGCAUGAGAAAGUUAAUGAAGCUCGGAAGAUGUUAGAUGAGUGUCAGCAACUGUUGGAUUCGAAUCCAGAUAACGAGGAGCUGAUGAAUAACCAAGAUCGAUUGCUUCAAGGGUAUAAAGAUGCGGUUCGGGAUGAAGCUCUUUUUUUUACAACAGAAGUCGAAGGUGGAUUGGCUUGA